AUGUCGAGCGAUGAUGAUCACAUCAGACCGGCUAGGAACUUCGAGGCACAGAGCGCAUUUGCAUCUACCCUAGUGAAUGAUGUCGAAAAGGCAGGGCCAUCCAAGACCAGUGAAGUGCCAGACAAGCAGCACAAAAGCCUCUUCGGGCUUGCAAUCGAAACCCCCAAGAUCCAUGCUGGAAGCGAUGCUGUCUUCGCGGCCAAGGCCCAGCUGUUGAAUAAGGCGCUGCUAGACAUGGGCAUGGGGCUGUAUCAAUGGAUGUUGUUUUUGAUGACAGGCGUUGGCUGGUUUCUUGAUAGCUUCUGGGUCAUGUCUUUCCUAGUUAUUGCCCCAUCAGCUGCAAAUGAAGCUCAGUUCUUCUUCCCUGGUGAUAACACGGAUUAUCUUUUUAUCAGCUUGUUUGUCGGCCUCACUGUCGGUGGCACAGCUUGGCCCAUGAUGUCUGAUACACUGGGUCGGAAGUGGAUGUUCACUAGCACAAUCGUGCUAAUGGGAAUGGGCGGCUUAGUUGGCGCGGGCAUGCCUUCGUUCACAGGGUUGUGUGUUGUCGGAUGCGUUGUCGGAUUUGCUGCUGCUGGUAACCAAGCUGUCGACGCCAUGAUUCUUCUGGAAUCGCUGCCUGCUUCCCAUCAGUACUUGGUGGCCCUGCAAGGCGUGUUCUGGGGACUGGGACAAUUGGUUGCUGCGGCAGUGGGAUGGGCUUUCAUCGCUCUAUACACAUGUGGCACCGGCCCUGAUGAAGUGAGCACCUCUCAAUCAAUGAGCCAGAAACGCGCUCUCGGCCAUUCAAGUAGCGCCAUCUCCUCAUCUAGCAGCGCCUCAUCCUGCCACUACGUCAGCAACAAAGGCUGGCGCUAUGUAUGGUGGACCUUCGGGUGUAUGACUCUCUUCCUGUAUUUGUGUCGUUUUGCAUUGAACCUGCACGAAACACCAAAGUUUCUCCUCUCACGACGCCGCGACGCAGAAGCAACCCAACUCGUCAAGGACAUUGCACUCUACAACAAGCGCCAGACAUGGCUUACCGAAGCAUCAUUUGCACGGAUUGAUUCUACAAUCGACGGCUCCGAAGCUGAACUGCGCACAAAAUCUCGCUCACAAGGCCUUGUUUCGUCGCUCAAUAUUUAUGGCUCCGUGUGUCUUGUCCUGCUGUGGAGCGUGAUGGGUUUGACUUUUGUGCUUCACCAAACUUAUAUUGAUAAUUAUCUCGCGGCGCACGGUGUAGUCCAAGUCAGCGCGGCAACAGUCUCGAGGUCCAACCUUUACAGCCGGUACCUGUAUAUUGCACUCUGCGCUAUUCCGGGCCCUCUCGUGGCGGCAGUCUUAGUGGAAGUGAAGGGCCUGGGGCGGAAGCGCACGGGAGCUGGAAUUGCUGUUUUAACUGGGCUGUUCAUGCUUCUCGCUACUGUGGCCCGGUCUCGCAAUUCUGCGCUGGCUUUUGAGUGCAUUAUCAACUUCCUUCGCUUUGCUGGUGUGGCUACACUGAUGCUUUAUACCGUUGAGGUAGUGCCGACUACGGUGCGUGGGUACAGCCUGGGCGUCAUGGGUUUCUUUUGGGGAGUGUUUGGCUUGAUCGCGCACAUCAUUACCACUUUUGAUAGCACUGCAGUUUCAGGUGGAGGUCCAGUUUGGUUCUGCGGUGCGGUGUGGAUUAUCAUGGCUAUUGCGUGGUUGGCGCUCCCCCUUGAAACCCAAGGUAGAGCAGCGGCGUAG